UGCGGCCGCCUUCUGCCAGCCGCAGUAAAAGGCCUGGCUGCUGUGUGGGUGGACAACGAUGAACGCUGCUGCUGCUGCUGCUGCUGUUGAAGCUCGCCGUCCACGCGUAUCCCACCGUCGCAAAAUGUCGAGGAAAACGUGAGACCGAGCACCUCGGAGAGACUAGCCGCGUCGCCAACGACUUGGGAGCCUCCGGAUGCAACGAAACAGUUCUAUCCCGAGGACCAGAGAUGUCAAAACGACUGAGCUUCUAUGGUCUGGUAGGCCUGGCGUCCGUUUGCAUCUUCUUCUUAGCGUUUAAUCAACGCUACAGCAGCUAUCUCGAGCAUCGACUGCAGCCGGUGAUAUCGGACGUCGAAAUAAGGCCACGCGUCAUCAAAAUUCAAGAUCCAGUGACGGGAUAUUUCAGAGGGUCCAUUGAGAAUGUCACGCUGUUCGAGGUACAGGAGGUCGUCGACCAACAGUGGAGGGCCAUCGAGAAAGAUAUGGAAGGAUACAAUUAUCCAAACGGAAGAUAUGGAGUUAAUGUUAGCAAAUUGGAAGACCUAGUAUUGGAGAAAGGGGGAAGACCCAUGCGGAGCGUGAUACUGACCAGUUGGCGAAGCGGAAGCACGUUCCUCGGCGACGUGGUCAACGCACAUCCAGCCAAUUUUUAUCACUACGAGCCCCUGCUCGAUUUCGGGAUCGUACAAAUCAGGGGGCCACCUCUCGCCGACGAGGCUCUGAAGAAUCUCGAGUCUCUAUUGAGAUGUAACUUCAGCGACCUCGAUCGAUAUUUGGAUUACGGGAAGACGCAUCCCUGGGUGUUCAAUCAUAAUACUCAUUUAUGGAAGCAGUGUCAGAUCCAUAAGAAACUCUGUUGGGAUCCACGGUUCGUUUCCAAGUUCUGCAGACUGUUCCCCUUCCAGUCGAUGAAGAUCGUUCGUUUGAGGCUACGGGUCGCAGAGAAACUGCUCGAGCAGGAAGAUCUAGGAGUGCGGUUGAUCUUACUGGUUCGCGAUCCUAGAGGGAUUCUCCAGUCGAGGAAGCAUCGGGAAUGGUGUCCUUCGAAUCCCGAUUGCUCGGACCCAGCGCUAGUCUGUGCAGACAUGGUCUCGGACUAUAGCGCCGCUGUGCGAUUAAUAAAAAAAUAUCCUCGUACCUUUCGGGUGGUCCGUUACGAAGAUCUAUCCGUGGAUCCGUACAGAUACGUGAAGGAGUUGUACAAUUUCUACGGUUUAGACUUUCACGUGAACGUGAAGAAAUUCCUGGACACGCACACGAAGAACGACGUCGGCGGUGUUUCGAGCACGUUCCGCAAUUCCAAAGUAGCUCCGUUCCAUUGGCGCACGGAUCUCGAUUUUGCGGAAGUGGACGAGAUCCAGAGAGUGUGUGCGGCCGCUAUGCGGUUAUGGGGAUACGUGAUGGCGUCGAACUCUAGCCAGCAAAAAGAGUUCGACCCGUUGACAGAUUAUCAACUUCAAUUAUGACACGCGUCGGUCAAGACCUGAACGUCUGAAGAAGAUCUGUAUAUGUAAAUCUAUCGUCACUGUGCGGAAACGGUAAUCGUCUGUACAAAUACUCGGAAUUAUCACAAGUGCCCUAUUUGAAAUGGUGCUGAGGACGCUUGCCUAGACAGGCUUAAUAUCGAUUUAGAAAUAUUUCAUUUUUAUAACGAACCAUUUCGAAACACUUUUAAAACUUUCGGAAACCGUCUCGUGAUAUUUUGGGAAAGGAACAGAACUCAGAUUGUCUUUUAUAUCCAGUGCUAGUGGGCAAAUGAGAAAAUGUUUCUAGAUCUGUAUUAGGCGUUACGAUCGAAUCUCCUCAUUCGGCCAAUUCGUUUUCGAUUGGCGUGAAAGAAGAAUUACAGAUAGGAAAUUAUUCGACCUCGUAAGACCAAUGGUGAAAACUUUGUUCCUUAAACAAUUUUAAGAGACGUUAAGUGCUCUUCGAGCUUGUUGCAUAAACGUGCAGAUCGCUCGGGAAUUUCGAUCCAGAUGAUAAUUCACUCUCAUCCGAUCCUAAUUAUCCGACUCUUCUUUCGUCCCUCCGGUGUCAUAUUGACAGCAGUUCAUUGAUCGUAUCACGCCGGUGUCGAAUCGAUACGAGAGGUGAGAGUGAACUGGAUCGACGGUCCCGAGGCAGACUUAGAAUUUUAGACCAGUGGUAUUAGAAUACGGGUCAAGAGGAAUCCCUGGCGAUGCAACAAGGUAACAUCCAUAUCAACGCAUUCAGUAAACCUAAAUAAUAAAUCUUUUUUAGAACUCGAAGUAUUCGUGGCGAUCUUGGUAUAAUAAUAAUAAUAAUAAUAAUAAUAAUAAUAAAAUAAUAACGUAGUAGAAUUUUUCACUAAUAUAGUUUAUUUUUCACGGAGAACUCAUAAUAAAAGAAAUUACUAUUGUCAUGUAAGUUCCUUUUAAAAAUCCGCGUGUUUCAGUUUCGCUGAUGACACGAAUAGGCAAGCCUCAAUGCCGUCGUUACCGUCACCCUAUUUACGAUGUUACGUCGUUAUUAUUUGCCAAGGAAACAGAUUGUACAUUACACUUGUAAUAUAAUUUGUAGCAGUGUUUAUUUUUUAAUAUAUAAGGAGAUACUUGUUUAAGAUAUAUAAUUAUUUGUCCGUGGAGAAAGCAAUUUAUUCAAGCAAUUAUAAAAUGCCCUUAGCGUUAGUAAAGUAAACGUGCUCAACAUUCGUCAGAUAUUACUUUGUACGAUAAAUUGAUAAUUAAAAUUUACUUCUACACUGUAAUAAAGCCCGUGUUUCCAAUUGGGAA